CUCACAUAAGCUUGUCAAUUGAUGCAGGAGCGUCGACAGCUACUGUCACAUAUAAUGCUUCGGAUGUUACAGUAACUGACAACUCAGGGGAAACUCCUGUUCCAACUACUACUACAUCAUUUCCAGCUCAAUUUGUGAUAGGACCGAAUAAUAUAACGUAUACAGCCACUGAUUCCUCAGGAAAUACCGGUAGUUGCACAUUUACAGUAACGGUUACAGAUAGCGAAGAUCCUGUAUUGUCAUGUCCACCUGACACCAGCUUAUCAACUGACGGAGGAAUGUCGACAGCUACUGUCACAUAUAAUGCUUCGGAUGUUACAGUAACUGACAGCUCAGUGGAAACUCUUGUUCCUACGACCACAAUAUUAUUUCCAGCUCUAUUUGAGAUUGGACCAACCAAUGUAACAUAUACAGCUACCGAUUCUUCAGGAAAUACUGGCAGUUGUACGUUUACAGUAACGGUUACAGAUAACGAAAAUCCUGUAUUGACAUGUCCACCUCACACAAGCUUGUCAAUUGACGCAGGAGCGUCGACAGCUACUGUCACAUAUAAUGCUUCGGAUGUUACAGUAACUGACAACUCAGGGGAAAUUCUGGUUCCAACUACUACUACAUUAUUUCCAGCUCAAUUUGUGAUAGGACCAAAUAAUUUAACGUAUACAGCCACUGAUUCCUCAGGAAAUACCGGUAGUUGCACGUUUACAGUAACGGUUACAGAUGCCGACGAUCCUGUAUUGACAUGUCCACCUGACAUCAGCUUGUCAACUGACACAGAAACAUCAACGGCUACUGCCACAUAUAAUGCUUCGGAUGUUACAGUAACUGACAACUCGGGGGAAAUUCUUGUUCCAAUUACCACAACAUUAUUUCCAGCUCAAUUUGUGAUUGGACCAACCAAUGUAACAUAUACAGCUACCGAUUCUUCUGGAAAUAUUGGUAGUUGUACGUUUACAGUAACGGUUACAGAUAACGAAGAUCCUGUAUUGACAUGUCCACCUCACACAAGCUUGUCAAUUGACGCAGGAGCGUCGACAGCUACUGUCACAUAUAAUGCUUCGGAUGUUACAGUAACUGACAACUCAGGGGAAACUCUUGUUCCUACGACCACAAUAUUAUUUCCAGCUCUAUUUGUGAUUGGACCAACCAAUGUAACAUAUACAGCUACCGAUUCUUCAGGAAAUACUGGUAGUUGUACGUUUACAGUAACGGUUACAGAUAACGAAAAUCCUGUAUUGACAUGUCCACCUCACACAAGCUUGUCAAUCGACGCAGGAGCGUCGACAGCUACUGUCACAUAUAAUGCUUCGGAUGUUACAGUAACUGACAACUCAGGGGAAGCUCUUGUUCCAAUGACUACAACAUCAUUUCCAGCUCAAUUUGUGAUUGGAUCAACCAAUGUAACAUAUACAGCUACCGAUUCUUCAGGAAAUACUGGUAGUUGUACUUUUACAGUAACGAUUACAGAUGGCGAAGUUCCUGUAUUGACAUGUCCACCUGACACAAGCCUGUCAACUGACGCAGGAAUGUCGACAGCUACUGUCACAUAUAAUGUUUCGGAUGUUACAGUAACUGAUAACUCAGGGGAAACUCUUGUUCCUACGACCACAAGAUUAUUUCCAGCUCAAUUUGUGAUUGGAUCAACCAAUGUAACGUAUACAGCUACCGAUUUUUCAGGAAAUACUGGUAGUUGUACGUUUACAGUAACGGUUACAGAUAACGAAAAUCCUGUAUUGACAUGUCCACCUCACACAAGCUUGUCAAUUGAAGCAGGAGCGUCGACAGCUACUGUCAUAUAUAAUGCUUCGGAUGUUACAGUAACUGACAACUCAGGGGAAACUCUUGUUCCAACUACUACUACAUCAUUUCCAGCUCAAUUUGUGAUAGGACCAAAUAAUAUAACGUAUACAGCCACUGAUUCCUCAGGAAAUACCGGUAGUUGCAUGUUUACAGUAACGGUUACAGAUGCCGACGAUCCUGUAUUGAAAUGUCCACCUGACACCAGCUUGUCAACUGACACAGAAACAUCAACGGCUACUGCCACAUAUAAUGCUUCGGAUGUUACAGUAACUGACAACUCAGGGGAAACUCUUGUUCCAACUACUACUACAUCAUUUCCAGCUCAAUUUGUGAUAGGACCGAAUAAUAUAACGUAUACAGCCACUGAUUCCUCAGGAAAUACCGGUAGUUGCACAUUUACAGUAACGGUUACAGAUGGCGAAGUUCCUGUAUUGACAUGUCCACCUGACACCAGCUUGUCAACUGACGCAGGAAUGCCGACAGCUACUGUCACAUAUAAUGCUUCGGAUGUUACAGUAACUGAUAACUCAGUGGAAACUCUUGUUCCUACGACGACAAGAUUAUUUCCAGCUCAAUUUGUGAUUGGAUCAACCAAUGUAACGUAUACAGCUACCGAUUUUUCAGGAAAUACUGGUAGCUGCACGUUUACAGUAACGGUUACAGAUAGCGAAGAUCCUGUAUUGAUAUGUCCAUCUGACACCAGCUUGUCAAUUGAUGCAGGAACAUCGACUGCCAGUGUUACAUAUAAUGCUUCAGAUGUUACAGUAAAUGACAACUCAGGGGAAGCUCUUGUUCCAACUACUACAACAUCAUUUCCAGCUCUAUUUGUGAUUGGAUCAACCAAUGUAACAUAUACAGCUACCGAUUCUUCAGGAAAUACUGGUAGUUGUACUUUUACAGUAACAAUUACAGAUGGCGAAGUUCCUGUAUUGACAUGUCCACCUGACACAAGCCUGUCAACUGACGCAGGAAUGUCGACAGCUACUGUCACAUAUAAUGCUUCGGAUGUUACAGUAACUGACAACUCAGGGGAAACUCUUGUUCCAACGACCACAAGAUCAUUUCCAGCUCAAUUUGUGAUUGGACAAAGCAAUGUAACGUAUACAGCAAUCGAUUCUUCUGGCAAUGCUGGUAGUUGUACGUUUACAGUAAUGGUUACAGAUGGUGAAGGUCCAGUAUUGACAUGUCCACCUGACACCAGCUUGUCAACUGACUCAGGAAUGUCGACAGCUGCUGCCACAUAUAUUGAUUCUGAUGUUACAGUAACUGACAACUCAGGAGAAACUAUUGGUCCAAUGACCACAACAUCAUUUCCAGCUCAAUUUGUAAUUGGACCAACCAAUGUAACGUAUACAGCUACCGAUUCUUCAGGAAAUACUGGUAGUUGUACGUUUACAGUUACGGUUACAGAUGACGAAGAUCCUGUACUGACAUGUCCACCGGACACCAGCUUGUCAACUGACACAGGAACGUCGACAGCUACUGUCAUAUAUAAUGCUUUGAAUGUUACAGUAACUGACAACUCAGGGGAAACUCUUGUUCCAACGACCACAACAUCAUUUCCAGCUCAAUUUGUGAUUGGACAAAGCAAUGUAACGUAUACAGCAACCGAUUCUUCAGGAAAUGCUGGUAGUUGUACGUUUACAGUAACGGUUACAGAUGGUGAAGGUCCGGUAUUGACAUGUCCACCUGACACCAGCUUGUCAACUGACUCAGGAAUGUCGACAGCUGCUGCCACAUAUAGUGAUUCUGAUGUUACAGUAACUGACAACUCAGGAGAAACUAUUGGUCCAAUGACCACAACAUCAUUUCCAGCUCAAUUUGUAAUAGGACCAACCAAUGUAACGUAUACAGCUACCGAUUCUUCAGGAAAUACUGGUAGUUGUACGUUUACAGUAACGGUUACAGAUGACGAAGAUCCUGUACUGACAUGUCCACCUGACACCAGCUUGUCAACUGACACAGGAACGUCGACAGCUACUGUCAUAUAUAAUGCUUUGAAUGUUACAGUAACUGACAACUCAGGGGAAAGACUUGUUCCAACGACCAUAAUAUCAUUUCCAGCUCAAUUUGUGAUUGGACCAACCAAUAUAACGUAUACAGCUACUGAUUCUUCAGGCAAUACUGGUAGUUGUACAUUUUCAGUAACGGUAACAGAUGAUAGCACCUCUACUGAACUGUCUUCUACAGUAUCAACGACAGUCGCAGUUGCUGCAUGUCCAUUCCCUAAUCAAAUUCGAUGUGGCACUUCUGAAGAAUGUAUAGAUGAGGUUUACCUUUGUGAUGAAUAUCCAGAUUGUGAUAACAACUUUGAUGAAACAGUUGAUGCGGGAUGUAAUAUUACUUGCCCACCUACUUUCUUCAGAUGUUUGUAUGGAUCUUGUAUAUAUGAUGAAUUCACAUGUGAUUACUAUAUAUAUGAUUGCGGUAUAAGCAAUUAUGAUGAAUCAAUAGAGGUUUGUGCAGGAAGUUGUGAAGUACCAGAUCCUCCUGAAAAUGGUGAUCUUAUCGAAUCAUUCUAUUACGUUAAUUACCGAAAUGGAACCACAGUGUACAUUGUAUGUGACAGUGGAUACACCAUGGUUGGACCUGAUUCAAGUACAUGCUAUAAUGGGAAAAUGUCAGAAUUACCAACCUGUCAUGAGAAUUGCAUCUUACCAAUGGAUCCAAUAUAUGGUUCUGUAUCGGGAUCGACGAUACACGGUGAAAAUAUUAUAUUCUACUGCAACAGUGGAUUUAGGCCCGAUGAAAAUAGCAACGUAACUUCAGUCUGUUUGGACGGGCAAUACAGUGCUACAUCCAUUGUAUGCAAAGAUAUUGAUGAAUGUAUGGAGAAUCUGCACAAUUGUUCCAAUUUUGCUACGUGUACUAACACACUAGGAUCAUAUACAUGCUCAUGCUUCAAUGGAUAUGAAGGCAAUGGAAAAUCAUGCAAAGACAUUAAUGAGUGCACAAGUGGCACAGAUGACUGUUCAGCAUCUCCCGCUGGAUUAUGCCAAAAUGAAGAGGGCACAUUUUCUUGUUCUUGCAACGUUGGUUAUCGUGGAGAUGGAAGAAUAUGUGUUGAAAUUACAAUGCUGCCAUUUGGAGUUGACUAUGGCGAUAUCAGCCUUUUGGAAACAGUCGGUCCAGGUCUGGACAUCAUUUCACCGGACAUAGAACCUCUUACUGGCUUCCCUUAUGGAAGCGAUUUCUAUUAUAGAAUAUAUUUCACUGAUAACGGUGUGGUAGUACUUUCAACCAUCAAUAGCGAGAAAUUCGCCUUUGCGCAUCCGACCAGGGGUGGUUUCCAGCCGGACGCAAGUGAACAAAUAAUUGCACCGUUCUGGGCAGAUGCUGAUAACUCGCGAUCUGAUGGAGAUAUAUUCUACCAGGUGUACAGUGCUCAAGAACCAACAAACAACACUGAGGCUAUGCUGCGCACAGCAACAGAAAAUAUUCGAAAUUCGACGGUUUCAGAGGAAAAUUACUUUGAUAAACAAUCAUUUGAAGCCAAUUGGAUGCUUCUAGUGACAUGGGUUAACUUGCCACAGGUUCCUGCAUUCAGUAACAGGGAAAAUACGAACACAUUCCAAGCUGCAUUGGUAACAGAUGGUCGAUAUGGCUUCGUUCUCUUCAACUAUGAAAUUAAUGAAAUGAAAUGGGCACCUGAGGUAUUAGAAGACUUGGAUGUCAUCAUCGGUUAUAAUGUAAAAUUUUCCCAGAAUGUUGAGAGCGUUAAUGAGCAAUUCAGUUUCCCUGAUGAAAUGUCGAGAUAUCGACCUGACCAAUAUACGGGUAACACUGGCUUGAAAGCGAGAUGGAUCUUUCGUGUUGAAAGAAAUUAUCCAUGGACAAUAAACUACAAACAAUUAUGUUUGAAUUGGUACCAGACACAACCCGAUCCAUCGGAAUGGGACUUCCGGUUAGGUACAUGCCCCUGUGCAUUUGGGCAAGGAAGAAGUGAUGGAAGAUAUGGCAAUGGUAGAAAUGCAGCAGGAAGGGCCAGCAGUAGCAGCCCAUUGGAUGAAGACCUUUUGAAUAGAAUUAAUAGAAGACGAUCGUCUUUCUGUUUACAAACAUCAACACCAUCACCUACGGGUGCGGGAAUUAGAUGUUGCUACCGUAGAGACCAGUCACUGAUUGUAGGUUAUGGCACCUAUUGGCUAAGUAGUUAUCUUGAACGAUACCAUCCGAAUGGAAACUGGACCGAGUGGUAUUUGGGAGAUAUGGAGUCGCGUUACUAUUGUUGUACAGGCUCCAAAGAUCCUUAUUUUUGCGGUCUAUAUGAAGAGAAACGUCCUCGUGCAUCAUGCGAUGGUUACCUUCCACUGAACACUGGAUGGAUGUUUGGCGAUCCUCAUAUGACAACACUGGAUGGUUAUGAAUAUACGUUUAAUGGUGUUGGCGAGUUCAUUUUGGAACAGGUGCUGCUUGAUGAUGGUCGUCGUUUUGUUGUACAGUGUCGAAUGGAACAACCUAUCUUACAAACAGAUACUUCUGAAGGCGCUACCAUAUUCACAUCAUUCGCCGGUGCUAUCGACGAUGGUACUAAGGUUGAGAUGAGAAUAACUGAAAAUGCAACAGACAUUGAUAUAUUUGUAAAUGGUACAAGUAUUAACAAGACUCAGUUGAUUGAAGAAGCAUACACAAGUGCUAUGGAUACAACAUUCAGCAUUCAACUUGUAGAUGGAGAAUAUGUCAAUGGUGAAGACAGAUAUUUAACAUCUUGGUCUAGUGAUGUAUCGUUUUCAGUAGCCGUCUCUGCUGGAAUGUUGAAUGUAAUUUUCCAAGCCACAGCGAACUACAAAGGCAAAGCUAAGGGAUUGUUAGGUAACUGGGAUGACAAUAUAACAAAUGAUUUUGAAAAGAGAGAUGGAACUGUCCUCGUUCCCGAAUCUGGACAAAAUCUAACCGAUGCCGACUUUUUUGAAUUUGGAAAUUCAUGGCGUAUUUCUGAAUCAGAAUCUCUGUUUACUUACAAAGAGGAUGAAUCUUAUGACACCUUUAACAACGAGAGUUUUAGACCAGUAUUUCUAAGCGAAUUGAUAGCAAGUAGCAGCAAUGACAUGUAUGACAAGGCAGUUGAAGCAUGUGGAGACAGCAAAAUGUGUCUAUACGACACUCUGGCAACAAAUGAUUUAUCUGUUGGGGAAAAUACACUACAGACCAAUCAGGAUAUUGUAAAGGAUGUCAACGAAUUAAUGAAUUAUCCACCAAACAUAACGUACGUAGAUGAUACAUCGGAUGCAAUCAGUGGAGAUUAUUUUCAUGGAAUUGUCGGAAAAAGUUACUCUUUGACUGUAAAUGCUGUAGAUGAAAACGAUGAUGACAUAAUAUUUUCUCUUUAUGAACCUAUUGCUGGUGCUUCAAUUGACCCAACAACGGGUGUGUUAUCAUGGACACCAGAAGAUACAUCCAUGGUCAGGCUUGGCAUUGUUGCCUCAGACGGUCUUGCAAAUUCUACGAAAGAAUACCUGGUUCUAAUGUGUGAUUGCAAAAACGAUGGUAUUUGUAAUUUUGACAAUAUUGAAGACGAUGCUGAUGUUUUGGAAAACUCUUUUGCAAUUGUUGCAUGUACAUGCCAUCCUGCAUAUACGGGACUCGACUGUAGUGAAAACUUUGACGCUUGUGCCGAAGAACCAUGCUAUCCAGGCGUUCUGUGUACAGAUAAUCCACCCCCAAGUCCUAAUGCAACAUGUGAUAGUUGUCCAGAAGGUUUAGAUGGAGAUGGAUUCAAAUGCUACGAUCAUAAUGAAUGCGAAACUGGUAACGGAGGCUGUCUACAAGAAUGCAUAAAUUCACUAAAUAGCUUCCAGUGCAGUUGUUAUGAUGGCUACACGCUUGAAAAUGAUCAGAAAACUUGCAAUGAUAUUAAUGAAUGUCUUCAAGAAAAUGAUUGUAGUGAGAAUACAAUGUGUUCAAAUGUUGACGGAAGCUAUGAAUGCCCUUGUUUACCCGGGUACGUCGAUGUUAACGGUGAUGGAAAUGGGUGUCAAGACAUUGAUGAAUGUAUUGGCAGCCCUUGUGAUAAUCUAGCCAUGUGUGAAAAUACCAAUGGCUCAUUUACAUGCACGUGUUUACCUGGAUAUUCAGGAGAUGGUUUCACAUGUGCAGAUGUCAACGAAUGUGAACAAAAUUCUGACAACUGUGACGUGAACGCAAAAUGUACUAAUACUCACGGUUCUUUUAAAUGUGUCUGCUUGGCCGGUUUUACUGGAAAUGGUACUUUUUGUGCAAAUAUUGAUGAGUGUGUAAUGAUGACCCACACGUGUAGCGUUACAGCAACGUGUACUGAUUCUGUUGGAAGCUACACCUGUGGUUGUACCACUGGAUACGUUGGAAAUGGUCAAUCGUGUAUAGACCUGAAUGAAUGUGAAAGUGGAGAUAACAACUGUGGAAAAAAUACAAAUUGUGUGAACACGCAAGGAUCUUACACCUGUAGAUGUAACACAGGCUAUACACUGAGUAAUGAUACAUGCAUUGAUGUCGACGAAUGUGAUUCGUUGCCUUGUGAUGUGAUCGGUUCAUGUGAAAAUAUUCCUGGUUCCUACAUCUGUAGCUGUCCACCAGGCUAUAUAACUGGGAAUGGAGGCUUAUGUGAAGAUGUAGACGAAUGUAAACUUAAUUUACACAAUUGUUCCCAAAUAUGUGAAAACACAGACGGUGGAUUUUCAUGCACAUGUGAUUCAUACUUCAAGUUGGAUGAUGAUGGCAUAUCGUGUUCAUACAAUGGAUCAUGUACACUUCAUUGUGUCAAUGGAGCUUGCUUUGCUGAUGAGGAAGGGAAUCAGACAUGCCAGUGCAACAACGGAUAUGAACUGUCGUAUGACCAACUUAAUUGCACAGAUAUUAACGAAUGCGCUAACAACACCUUGAAUGAUUGCGAUCAAGAUCUUGGAAUUUGCCUUAAUGUGGGAGGCGGAUAUUCAUGUGAAUGCCAAUCUGGUUAUGUACUCCCCCCUGGAUCACUUUUCUGUGAAGAUGUAAAUGAAUGUAAUAAUGCCAUCUACCCAUGCCACGUUAAUGCAGAUUGCCAAAAUAUAAUCGGCUACUUCAACUGCACAUGUGCAUCCGGAUUCGCUGGCGACGGAAAAUCGUGUGCAGAUGUCAACGAAUGUAAUGACGUCACAUAUCCAUGUGAUGUAAAUGCUGAGUGUACAAAUACUAAUGGUUCAUAUGCGUGCAGUUGUAAUUCAGGAUUUACCGGUACUGGACAAGUCUGUUUUGAUAUCAAUGAAUGUGACUUACUGCCAUGUCAGGACAACUCUAUGUGUACAAACACGGAAGGAGCUUUUAAUUGCAGUUGUGAUACAGGAUUUGUGCUGCAAGAAAAUAAUAAUACUUGUGAAGACAUAAACGAGUGUGAUGAUUCCAUUUGUCAAGACCAUGCUGAUUGCAGCAACACCGAGGGAUCUUACACAUGCACAUGCUCAGUAGGAUUCCGAGCAUUUGGUUCACAGUGUACUGAUAUUAAUGAGUGUGCAGAACAUAUUGAUAAUUGUGAUGUCAAUGCUGUUUGCAAUAACACAGCUGGGAGUUUCAUGUGUACCUGCAUCACUGGUUAUCAAGGAAAUGGACAAUCUUGCAUAGACACCAAUGAAUGUUCCAUGGAUUUAAAUGACUGUGAUGAAAAUGCAUCGUGCAACAAUACAGAAGGUUCUUUUACGUGUUACUGUAACCAUGGAUACAGCAACACUGCUGGAGGAACUGGUAGAGUUGGAGACUGUAACAACAUCGACGAAUGCAGCACUGAUAUAGAUAACUGUGGUGAGAAUGCUAUAUGCAAUGAUACAAUGGGAUCCUUUGAGUGCAGCUGUAGCAAUGGUUACAGUGGCACCGGUGUAGUUUGUACAGAUAUAAAUGAAUGCGAAGUUGACAAUCCGUGCACCGAAGGAAACACUAUGUGUGUAAAUAGUGAAGGAAGCUAUGACUGCAUCUGUGUGCUGGGAUACACUGUUUUGGAAGGGGUUUGUACAGUUGCUGUGUCGCUAGAUUUGACUGUGACGUUCACAUACAUUGGUGGUCAUGCAGUAAACAGGAACAGCAAUUUGAAUGACAAUCAGAGAAAUAAUCUUCUUUCAGAUAUGACCAACCUACUUCAAAACACCAGUUUGUCUGAAGAUUUAGUUGAAGUAUUCAUUGUACUUUCAAGUGGUACCGUUGAUACACUAUCGAUCGACUUCCGAGUGGACCUUGUAGCAGGAUCAACAAUUGACAAUGAUCAACUACUCGAUAUCUUUGAAGCAGCUACUAAAGAUGACAAUAGGGUUCCACCAAAUAAUGUCAUAUACGUUCCACCUGAGGAGCCAGAUUUGACAACUGUGACCGCUUCUGACAUGACAACAAUCAAAACCACAAUAUCAGAGGAUUUAACAACUGUACCCACUAUGGACAAGACAACAGUCACAACCACACCAUCAGCAAACUUGACAACUGUUUCCAAUACGGAGAAGACAACUGUUGAAACCACAUCAUCAGAUAAUUUGACAACUAUGGCGGCUACAAAUAAGACAACAGUUCAAACCACAAUAUCAGAUGAUUUGACAACUGUGGCUGCUACGGACAAGACAACAGUCAAAACCACACCAUCAGCCAACUUGACAACCGUUUCCAAUACGGAGAAGACAACUGUUGAAACCACAUCAUCAGAUGAUUUGACAACUGUGGCCACUACAAACAAGACAACAGUUCAAACCACAAUAUCAGAUGAUUUGACAACUGUACCCGCUAUAGACAAGACAACAGUCACAACCACACCAUCAGAUGAUUUGACAACUGUGGCUGCUACGGACAAGACAACAGUCACAACCACACCAUCAGAUGAUUUGACAACUGUGGCUGCUACGGACAAGACAACAGUCAAAACCACACCAUCAGCCAACUUGACAACCGUUUCCAAUACGGAGAAGACAACUGUUGAAACCACAUCAUCAGAUAAUUUGGUAACUAUGGCGGCUACAAAAGAGACAACAGUUCAAACCACAAUAUCAGAUGAUUUGACAACUGUACCCGCUAUAGACAAGACAACAGUCACAACCACACCAUCAGAUGAUUUGACAACUGUGGCUGCUACGGACAAGACAACAGUCACAACCACACCAUCAGAGAACUUGACAACUGUGGCCGCUACGGACAAGACAACAGUCAAAACCACGCCAUCAGAAGACUUAACAACUUCUCUCAUAGCUACCAACGUGUUAACAUUUAGUUUGACAAUUACUGGAAUAAAUGGUGAUCCAGUAAACUUCACAUCCGAUUUGGAGGAUCCAAAUUCAGAAAAGUUUAAAGAAACUGAAGGAUUUGUGUGUGCUGUUGUCCAAAAUAGUGUUUCUUCCAUCAUUGUGUCAUCAGGAUGUAGAGUUGUAAACUUUUUUAAUGGGAGCAUUAUUGCUAAUACAGAGCUGAGCACUCCUGACCAAGAUAUAACAGGUAAUGAUGUAGAAACGGUUCUGAGAGAAGCAGCAGUGAAUGGUACACUUAGCGAUGGAAGCGGGAUGGAAUUGAGAGUUGAUCCAAUGACUAUAGUGUACUUAGAUGUUACAACUGAAGCGAUUUCUGAAACGACAGGAGAUUUUACAAGGAAGCCACCUUCCGAAUCUGAUGUUACAACUGAAGCGAUUUCUGAAACGACAGAAGAUUUUACAAAGAAACCACCUUCCGAGUCUGAUACUAGAACCAUAUUGAUUGUGGUUGGUGUUUUCAUAUCGGUGUCUGUAAUCUUCUUAAUAUUGACUGCUGUGACCUGCGGUAUAUUACAUCACAGAAGGCGCAGUUAUUUUGAUGCCUCGAUAAAAUCCACCAACAAACCAUAUGGCAACAAGAUAGCUCGAAAUCCAUUGCAUUCUGGGAACCGCUACUUUAACGAGAUUAGUAGUGCUGAUUCAAUUAUUUCAGAUGAUAGCAUAAUGGACCAAAUGUCCUAUAAUCUGGGACGUGCUCGGAGACCUAAUUCUGAUGAGUUUAUGCGACCCUUUGUGGCCACUGGGAGUGAAGGAUCAACAGUCUACAACAAUUGACACGUAAAUAGCGACAAUUAAAUGAAAAUUAUUAUUAAAAGCCUUCAUUUCAAAUUCAACGUGGCUUAUCUUAUUCGUGAUUCGUUUUAGAGCUUGCACAGUAGUUAAAAUUUCAUUAUUAUAAUUUAAUACAGAAAAUAGACACUGAUAAUAUCACUGAUAAUAUAUGUUUUUGUUUAAGUAAUUAUAGGCUCAAAAAAGCUAUUAGUACAGUACUUAAUGUUGAAAUUUUAUAUUUGAAAUAAAUAGUGAUAAGGUUUGGAUAGACAUCUGAGAUGUAUAAUAGAAUAACAGACAUAGCAUUACAUUUAAGUAAUUUGCAUAAAUACAUUGUCAGAAUAUAAAUGCUAUUUUACUGAUCUCAUUAAAAAUGCAAAGAAAUGUCCAGGUAAGGCUGGGCAAAAUUUAGUGUUGUACAUGAUUUGAAAGAAGAUUUGAAAGAAUCUCUCCUUAUUUUGCUGUUCAUAAUAACAACUAGUUAUUAAUACUAGUACAGUAAGCUGUUUGGUUUCCUUGGUUACCAACAUAUGCAUACCCUUGUUAUUUUAUAAUAGUUACCAAGACUUCUGUGUUGGUAAUUAAUUGUAAAAAAUUACAAAAUACAUCAAUAAUCAUUUGCUGCUGUUUUUACUGAAACAAUCAUAAUUUUAUGUUUACAGCUAUUCAUUCAGAUAGAAAGCUGUUCUAUUUUAAUGUACCCAAAUUAUACAUACGGUUUGUCAUUUUUGUAAGUUUGUGUUUAUCCUAGUUAUUUUAGACUAUAUCAAUGAAUUGACACAAUAUACAGCAGAUGCCCUAUUUCAAUAAUUAUCUGUAAACCACUUUCAUAUUGUAAUAUUUACAAAAUCUUCCUAUUUAUUCUUGACACUACUGAGUGUAAAUCGUAUCUAAAUACAAUACUGUAUAUAUACUUUAUGAAAACAUAGAUUUAAUAAUUAGUACUUGCUACGUGGUUUGAAAUAAACAUUUAUAAGUGCAAAAUAUCACUUCUUGUUUAUCUUUUUUUUACUUUUAAGAAAAUCAAAAAAGAACAUGAUGCUGCCUUCUAGUCUAUUUCGUGAAUACUUACCUGGAUAAACCGAUAAA